AUGUCAGCCUUGACAAUCGCGUCAUUGUACCUGAGUGCUGUCAUCCUCCUCACACAAGCCGCGGGCAAGAGGGUCGUCAUGUUGCCCGGCAUCACCAAAAGUUAUUUCAUCUACAACGCCAACAUAGGUCAGGCUCUGAUCGACCUAGGUCACGAGGUGUGGAUGUUUAUGCCAGAGUACCUGAGCAACUCCAGCCUGGUCAAGUUUAAAGACAUCAAGAUCGUAACGUUUGGGGAAACACUGGGCAACAUCGAGAAACAGAUUUUUGAAGAUACGAAAAUAUUUAGUGACUUUUGGGAAGGGAAAGAGACAUCGUUGAGUCAGCAUUUAACAACAGCGAGAUCGUGUCGAAAUUUCAUUAACAAAGUUUUAGCCGAUGAAAAGUUUAUGAACAACAUAAAAAUCCUUAAACCAGAGUUUCUGGUUAUUGAUAAGCAUCAGUUUAUUCGAAAUAUUUUUGUUAUUCCGUACAAAUUGGACGUUCCGUUUGCUGUAGUUGGUACCGUGCACGACUUGGUGACUCACAGAGUGCCGUUUAGUCCUGCCGUGGAGCCACGCGUGGCAGACAGGGUUUCCAAUUACAUGGGCUUCUAUGAUAGGUUGACCUCUACGCUUCUCACUGUUUUAGACCUGAGCUACGACAUCUUCUCUGAUCGUGACAUUGUGAGUAGGAUAGCACCAGAAAAACCCUACACGACGAUUAGUGAUAUUAUAUUAAAAGCUGAAAUUUUUAUUGCCGAGCUUGAUCACAUUUUAGAUUACCCCAGGCCGAUGUUACCCAACACUAAGCUGAUUGGUGGAUCUUCUGUCUGUGAGCCGAGGCCUUUGAUUGGUGUGUUCAAAAAGUUUGUUGACGAAUCAGCUAACGGCAUAGUCCUCGUUUCUUUUGGUAGCAACGAGCUUCCAUUUCCUGAACAUAUUUUAGCUAAAUUGACGUCUGCUUUUGAAAACCUUGAAUUUAACGUCAUUUGGAGAGUCAGCAUAACCUCGCCUGCUCCGAAACGAAUUCUGACGUCAGAGUGGAUACCUCAGAAUGAUCUACUCGGCCAUACCAAGACCAAAGUCUUCGUAUCUCAUUGUGGAAAAACGGCCAGUACGAGGCAUUAUAUCAUGCCGUGCCUAUCCUCUGCUUACCUCUGUUUGGCGACCAGUUUUACAACUCUAUAA